AUGGACGGUGAUAGCCGUGGUAUUCACCCGGAUGAGGAACUCUUCCUCAACUCCCGACCCAACCCACAUCAGUCCCAGGCACAGGCACAGGGACAAACUCGACCUCCCCCCUCGGCAUCAACAUCCCCUCCCCCCGCACCACUCCCAUACCCCGACGACCGUCCUCGUCCCAUGCGCAGCUCGAGUUCCAACGAUAGUCGUCCAGCCGAUAGAUAUGAAAGAUACACCUCGCCACCACCGGCUGGAUCCGGUUCUGGUUCUGGCUCCAUGAGCCCCGCAGAUUAUCCCCCGGCUUUGCGUCCCCGCGAUGGCCAGCCCAGAGUCGCAACACUCGCUGAACGAAGAGGCGCUGCCCCGCCAGAAUCACCCAUCGCAGGACCAGAUGCGCUCGUCUAUCCUCGUCCCCCGCCCCAGUCCUCGGAUGCGCCGGGCCAACAGAGCCAGAAUCAGAAUCAACCAUACGACUACCGUCAACAAUACUACCCACCCCCACAAAGCUCCACCCCACGCCCACCCUCAUCCCUCCAACCACCCCAGUCCGGAGGCGGAGGCGGAAGUGGAAGUGGAAUAAACCGCAUCAGCUCAACAGCAUCAACAUCAACAACCCGCGCCCAACGUGGCUCACCCCCGCCCCCAGAAACGCCCAUCGUCGGACCAGGCCAGUCCUCGGCCUCGGACAUCGAGUCCCGUUUCGCUGCGGCCGGUAUCGCAGGCACGUCCACUUUAUCCGGGAUCCAGUCGCAGAAUCAUAAUCAGAAUGCUGCGGCGCAGAGACGAGCUGAUCAGUAUGUUGGUCAGCAGCCUACUUUUCAUCAGGCCGGUGCGCCGGUGAGGCCUUGGACUCCGACUGAGCAGCCUGGUUCGCAGCCUCAUGGUCCGCCGACGGUUUAUCAGGGGGAUGAGGUUGUUAGUGGUGGGCAGGGACAGGGACAGGGCCAAGCACCGGCGCAAGCGCAGCAUCCGGGGCAAUAUGGGAGUCCGCCUCCAACACACCCGAGUCAGUAUGGGAGUCCAUUGCAGGCUCAUCCGGGUCAGUAUGGAAGCCCGUCUCCGGCCCAAGGAGCUCAAGCUGUUUCGCCGCAGCAGCAGCAACAGCAACAGCAACUGCCGCCGAGAGGCACAAAUGCAAAUGCCUUGGAGAACGAUAUGGAUCGCAUGCGCAUUAGCGAAGAACCUCCCCCAGCUUACUCGAGUGUUUCUGGCGCCUCGAAUGGAUAUCCGAAUGAAAAGCCAGGCGCUGGGGCAGGUGCUGCCGCCGCUGGGCACCCAGCAGCAGCAACAGCUACAGCAAACCAACCUCAUCCCUCUACUAUUGGAGCUGCUGCCGCUGUUACUGCCGCCGCUGUAGGCACAUCUGCCUCUCCCGCACCGUCUUCAACACAAGACCAUCCCGCCUUCGCGAAUGACCCCAGACAACAGCAGAAUAUGGGCCAGUCACCUCACAAUUCCGCUCCCAAUGGCCCUGUCCAGUCUGCGUAUUCCCAAGCAACUGUGGCACAAAUUGCCUCCCCUGCCCCGAGCGGUCUUCCUCCAGCUUCUCCCCCACCACUGCCAGAGGGCUGGAUUGCGCACAUGGAUCCGAACUCAGGCCAGUAUUACUACAUCCAUCUUCCAACCCAGUCCACGCAGUGGGAAUUCCCGAAAGGUCCUACGCCAUUGAACCUCAACGAGACCCCGCUGUCGCCCGUAGGCAGCGUGUACAGCAGCCACCCUCUGACUUCCCCAGGCCUUUCGGCAUUUGGAAAGCCGCUCGCCUCUCCUGGUGCACCCAUGACCCCUGGCUUCGAAAGCCUCCAGUCCCCAAUGACAGGAUUCUCAGGCCCGCCUCCGAGCAGCGGCAUGGAUCUGUACAAAACCGCCCCCACAAACGGCGUCUACUUUGGCCCCUACCUCCGCUACACGAACAUGGACCUCGAGCGUGGAUUAUGGCUGGGCUCCAUCCUACUCGUCACAGACGCAGCCCAACCACCCACCAUCCACUGUCAUCAAAGCGUCGACCUAUCCCCGAACCCAAAACAACUCAAAGCCAUCAACAUCGCCGCCCACCAGCGCUGGACCUUCUACAAAUACGAAAUCGAAAUCCAAAUGGACGACGCCGGCUCAGCAAAAUGGACAUACGCCAUAACCUCCCACCUAGGCUGCACGCGCUACGAAUUUCUAGUCGCAGGCCGACACGAAACAAACUGGCGCUUCAUCUCCACCUCAGGCAACGACUUCUCGUUAAACGUCAACGCGAAUGAGCGCGCGAGACUGGGUGGUGUGGGCUUUAUGUGGAAGGACAUCAUGACAAAGCAUAAUGAGAUUGGAGGAUUCCAUGCGCAGCUUUGUCUUGGCGGACAGAUCUAUGCUGAUCGCAUGUGGAAGGAGAUUCCUUGUCUCAAGCAGUGGUUGGCGAUUAGUGGGAAGGAGGCGAGGAAAAAUGCGCCGUGGACGGCGGCGAAUCAGCAGGAUGUUUCGCAUGCUUAUUUCCAUUAUUAUACCAGUCAUUUUGACCAGCCGUAUUUGAGGGAGAGCUUUGCGCAGAUCCCUUAUGUUUGUCAGAUUGAUGAUCAUGAUAUUUUCGACGGCUUCGGCUCAUACCCCGAACACAUGCAAUUCUCCAACAUGUUCAAAAACAUCGGCCGCAUCGGAAUCGAAAUGUACCUCCUCUUCCAACACCACACAACCCUCGACAUCCUCCGCAACGUAAACACAGACAUCGACCUCUUCACCAUAACCGGCACAGGCUGGCACUUCGUCAAAUACCUCGGUCCCGGCGUCGUCGUCGUCGGCCCAGACUGCCGCUCAGAGCGAAACCCCCACCAAGUAAUGGCAGGCCCAACCUAUCAAGGCCUCUUCCCAAAGAUAGCAAUGCUCCCACCAAGCGUUCAACACUGUCUCUGGAUGAUCUCCAUGCCGCUCAUCUACCCACGCCUCGAGACUGCCGAACACAUCGCGCAAACCGUAACAACCGGCAAACGCGCCGUAACAGGAACAUACAACCUCCUAGGCAAAGUAACCAGCAGCGUCGCCGGCGUCGUCGGCGCAAAAGAAUUCGUCGGAUCAGGCUUCGACUCCGUCAAACGCGCCGUCGGCAAAUCAGGCCUAAUGGGCGGCAUCCUCUCCCCAUUCGGCGAAUUCGACCUCAUGGACGAACUCCGCGACCAAUGGACCCACGAAUCCAAAGAUCUAGAACGAACAUAUCUAAUCCGCACCCUGCAAGGAAUCGCACAUCAAAAAAGUAUACGCAUGACGUUUCUCUCCGGCGCAGUCAAUGUCGCGGGCGCGGGAUUAGUCCAUGAUCCUGCUAAUCCGUCCGAUCACAAGACGAUGUAUCAGCUCAUCGCGUCGCCGGUCGUUAAUACUCCACCGCCAAGCUAUGUGAUUAAACUCCUCCACAGCCACGGUAAACCGCUCUACGUGCCUGCGAACGGGCACCGCUCGAGUAGCGCGCCCACGGAUACGAAGGAGGAUAUGAUGGAGAUCUUCCAGACAGACGUUAAUGGGCAGAAUCGCGAGUAUAAGAAACUCAUGGGGCGGAGGAAUUAUGUUGCGAUUGUGGCUUAUGAUCCUGAUGUUGCGCAGGGUGGGCCUGGGGCUGGGCUGGCGCAGCAGCAUCUUGUUCCGGGGGGGGAAGUUGAGUCUUGCCGCGGACUUUAUGGUUCAGGGGGAUGGGGCUUAUGCUAG